CUUAGGAAGAGCUGCGUCACGUGCCUGCUGUGUCACUCUCCGUUCUCAAAGAGCGCGGACUGGCCAAGCGACGUUGUUUGUUGUUGUUUCGUUUGACGUGAUCUUUUUUAAUAUCGGCCCAAAAACUCGAUGAGAAAUUGCACAAAUGGACUCAAAAGGACCGCCGCAGUAUCCAGUGAGUAGCUCCGUGUGUCUCGAUCCGAGCACAGAAGACGACCCCCUAGUGGACGGGCCGUUGAUCUCCCCUGACGCCCUCCACUCGGCCAUCAGGAAAGAGUUCCGGACCAUACCGACCACUUAUUCUGCCGUCCUGCUCUCCCUCAUUCAUGUUGCCUAUGUGGUGUUGUCGCUGUGCGUCGCCGUGAUGUGCCCACUGAAGUUGGGCGAGGAGCAGGAGUGCGCCAACGUGCUGAGGAACGUCACAGGGCAGAGCACCAUCGUGUUCGGGAAGGUGUGCAUGUCGGUGCUGGUGCUGCUGUUUGCCGUUUACGUGCACCGCCACCACAACCGCGCCCGGAGUCGGGGGUACCUCCACUUCUACCGAAACACCCGGAGGUUGAAGCACCUGCCCCUCGCCGUACACUCCACAGGAAAUGUGCUGCUGCUAUUGGUCCAGUCUUCUGGACUCUCGGAGGCCAUCUCCAUUUACAUGGUUAUCGCGAUUCUGGGGAUAGAACUUGUAGUGGCGUUGCCAUGCCUACUCAUCUACACAGUGCGUGUGGCGCGAUUCAACCGGGAGCGUGCCGUCCCCGAUGUGAGCCAAGAGGAACAUUGCCACGCCUACAGAGACGCACACCUAACCACCGAAACCGGCUUCAGAGAGGGCUGUGGUCUGGAGGAGGUGGUGGAGAAGCAGGCGGACCUCAUAGAGUAUCUGAAACAACACAACACCUUGCUGAGCAAGAGGCUGCUCAACCAAUCGGCCCAGCACUGAUCCAGGGCCCUCUCGUCCCGGCCGUGCGUCCGUCCCCAGAGAGCCUCCCAGCGACCCCCGUCCUUCAAGAGCCCCCGCGGGAUCAGAUCCCAUUACGGAGACACUGGAUAUUUGAACAGAUGACACAAAGACGAGGGACCAACAAGGCUAAGGUGGAGCGGAGCCCUCAGAUGGAGGGAGGGGACAAAAGGGGAUAAGAGACUAAAGAUAUCUGUUGUUUGCCAAGUGACAAAAGACCUCCAAUGCGCGCGCGAUGGCGUGCACCAGCCCAAAGACUCGUUCUCUCACGCACACGCACACAGGGGUCUGAAGGCCUGUUUUGAUACCGGGAGGGGUAUAAGUGAUGUAAGAAAGGAGGGGGCGGGGUCGGGAAAGCGGCAACAUACGAAGGGGGUAAGAGUCGCGGGUCACAGAUCAGAGGGGAGGGGCUUUAUUGCGGUGUUACGACCCCUGGUGACCUGAGCGUGAGCGCACCGGGGCCCCUGGGAGGGCCACGGAGAGAAGGGGCCGCAUUGUUGUUACUGAUCGUAGUAAAUCACGUGCUGAGCAGGGAGAGCGACGCCAGCGAAAUGCACUUCAGAGUCCCACGGGCGUCCUACGCAGAGAGAGGAGGAGGAAACGGUACCACACUGAUACUUUCUCUGUUGUUUCUGUUUUGGGUUUGAGGUUCUUACAAUGCUGCUUCUGCCUAUGAUCAUUAUUUUACGUUAUUGUUUGACGCGUGUUUGUGGUCAAUGUGAUGAUAUGAAUGUUUACUGUCAAUUCUUAACUCCUGAUUUAUUUAUUUUUAAGAUUAGGUUAUUCGAUAUCAUGCCAUGGGAUCUGCCUUGAAUAAAUAUUUGAUAUUCUUAACUUUCCAUAAUAGUGGAAUGACAUUACACCCAUCCUCCAGAUACAAAGCUUUGUAAUGCCAGCAUCAGCUAAUGUCUCUUGUCCUUCGUCCAUUUUAACGUCUGUCAAUGAUAUGGACGGCACUGGGAAUUGGAGGACCUCGUAUCCUUGCCAGUAGUUGUUCAUUGUCACGCCUUUUAAAGUACAGGGUCCGUAAACUACCAGGGGGUCUAGUAUUUAUGACUCCUUUCUUCAGGACGCUUCUGCCUGGCGUCCUGCCACCCAACGAGUCGCUACAAGGUCUUGGCUAAAUAAGGCCCACAAUGCACCUGUGUGGUGCUCGGUGAACCUGCACCCUAUGGUUAAUGGUUAACGGUCCGAAUCUGGACGUUAAGGGACAGUCAUAUAAAGGUGUAUGGAAUUCAAGAUCUUUACUGUAAGCACAAAUUGCAUGGACAGUGAUUGUUUGUUGGUAUUUACAAAAAAAAUACUCUGAAGACGGAAACAAAGUACAACAUAUUUUUUAUUUAAACGUUAUUUGAAGUGCAUACACGCUUAAUAAACACUAUUUUUUUUAAGAAAUAAUAAUACAUGGUCAUGUUUCACAAAAUUAUACUUUCCUUUAAAUUAUUUGGUCCAUGGCUAGGAGGCCGGGGUUUUCAUAAGCGAAAAUGCAACCUCCUGCAUUAAUUGUAAAGCUCUAUUUGUGAGACGUGAAAUUGUAUGCAUAUUUAAAGGGAAGAUGCUUACACAUGGUGCCAGCUCAUUUCUCCACGACACAGUGAUAUAUAUAUUUAUUUACACUUUAUAGUAACAUUUAAAAACAAGUCCUCAAGACUUCUGUGUCCUUCAGGUCAACAUAUGUUUUUUUUUGUAAAUUCUGAAGACAACGGUUUUGGUUACAGUCUCUGGGUGUGUUCUCAUCAAAGCAGGUCGCUGUGCUGGUCUCGAGUGUCCAACAGGGACCUUUCGGCCCAACACGGCUCCUGCCAGACUUUUCACCACUUCAUUCUUGCGCAUCAACCUGAAACGGAGGGAGAGGAAAAAGGGGUUUCAAUCAUUUACAGAUAAACACAGAGUGAGGCAACCAUGCUGAUAAGUACGUGGCAGUGACGGUGCGUGUAUGCGUCAGGCCAAGAUCAUAAAGAGAAGGACUCCUUAGUCAAACAAUAGUCAGAAACACCCUCUUUCUCAAAGUUGCUUGACCAACUCCUUCCUUCUAAACCCGAGGCAGUCCAUCGCACAAACACUCCGGGUAAUAAAACACCCUCCAUCAUUAGUGAGAUUUAUGCUUCGCGCCUCUAAACCUCUGGACUCCCGUUGCUGCCACGAAUCAAACACACACUCUCUGAACUGCCACCCACAUGCACUUUAUGCCAGAUGUAUCGCCAUACUUUACUUAAACUAUACUUUACAUGCAUUUGUGUGCGUUUGUAAUUGCGUGCGUGCGUAAAACGAGACGAUACUACUACUAAAUUCUUUGGUUCUCACCUUAAGGGAAGGGGACUCUGGAGUGCAGCGGCAUGCAGCGUCUGUGGGGACAGUAGUGGUAUCUGUGGUAUUUCCUCCUAAUUUUCAUGAAAUCUAUAUAGAAGAAAAAGCAAAAGAAGAUAAGUUAGAUAGAAGUCAUAAAACGUGUGCUUUAAUCAUAGCAAUUUUGAUAACAUUUCGGAAGAAGGUUCACCAUCCUAGAAUGACACGAAUGACAUGAUCCACUGGUGUCAGGGAACAUCUAGCCUACUUGUGGGAUAUUAAUUGCCUUAUCACCUGCUAAAUAAAAUACAAGUGGAU